CCAGUCAGCAGGGGACAGACACACACACACACACACACACACACACUCAUCACACACGCGUAUACACACAGAUCAGUACAGGACCGCCAUACACCAGAUUCCUCUUCCUGGGAUAUGAACCCUCUCGUCCUCACCUGCCUCCUCUGCUUCGUCGUCUACAGUCGUGGAAGUGCUGAGAAACCUGAGGCCACAUACUCAAGUGCACUUGCCGGAGCGCCCGGGGGUCCGGCCUCUGAGGAGGGCCUCCCGAGUUCGGCGAGCGACGAUGACGAGCUGGAAAUAAGCGAAGAGCUUUCUGGGGGACAGAACUUCAGCGCCCAAGAGUUCCGCCCUCUUAAUGAUGACAAGAAGAAGAGGAAAAGCAAAGGCAAGAGGAAGAACAAGCACAAGAGCAAGAGCACGACUCCCCUGAACCCGGGGCACACGAGCAUCGACAGCAGAUACACGUCGUCCGCCUCCAGCACCACCCAGAACCCCUGCACCUCCACCCACCUGAGCUACUGCAUUCAUGGCUACUGCAAGUACAUCGAGGGGGUGCACGAGCCAGUGUGCAUAUGCAUGACGGGUUACGAGGGAACCCGCUGUGGGAUCCAAACCCUGGGGUCGGGGACCCCGCCCGAGAGCAGAAACAGGACCGAGCUGGUGCAGACCGUGCUGGUGAUCAUCGCCGUCAUCCUGUCCGUCAUCAGCUGCAUCGCCAUUCUGCUCAUGACCUGCGCCCAUUACAGGUCUCACAAAAACUUCCUGGCCACCUACCUUGGAUCUGGGUCAGAGCAGGAGAAGCUCCAGAAGCCCGUCCAGGACGCCGUGGUGUGAGCGCGUCAAGUUACCA